AAAAAAAGUAAAAUGCGAGCCGGGGCAUGAGUCGAGAACUCCUCUCAGUUCAUUUCUGACACAGUUCAACACAUUUCAUCUGCUGGAAAACUCCGGGUUAUCCCUCGACGUUAUGGGCGUACCUACGUGCUUCUGCAUCACAGAGGAGUAAGGUGAGGGACGGGGUCAUAUCUCCAUAAAUACUGUGCAGAGACUUUGGAUGGACCCUGGAGGAGUAAAUACUGCCGGAGGAACUUCGCGCACAGGAGAGGAGCGGCGACUUUUCUGCAAGCUGAUACCUCAUUUGUAGAAGGGCUGACUGGUUAAAAAAAAAAAAAAAAAAAGAAGAAGCCUCCUCAGUUACCACCGUGAAAGUUGUGGUGCCUCUCUCUAAUAUGGAAAGUCUAUGAUUCCGUAUUGGAAGAGGUAUAAUGUAUUUUAUUGGUCUCACAGAAUGCGAUGUAGUUCAACCUCACACCCCAGAGUGAACUAUUUGUCAAGAUGACAGCGCUUACACCUUUGAACCGUGCUGUGUUUGGACUCGCGUGGAGCUGCUUGAGUUUUCUGUCCUGCGCUCAUUGCGGGUUAAGUGACAACCAUGUGCACUCCAGUUUUAUUUACAGGAGGUUGCGCAAUCACGAACGCAGGGAGAUCCAGAGAGAGAUCCUCUCCAUCCUGGGCUUGCCUCACCGUCCGAGGCCCUUCUCUCCCGGGAAGCAGGCGUCCUCCGCGCCGCUGUUCAUGCUCGACCUGUACAACGCCAUGGCAGUGGAGGAGGAGGAGGAGGAGGUGCAGCAGGGCGCAGGGAAGAGCUUCGCUGCCAAGGCUCAAGGGCACUCCAGGAAAGGUUACUACAGCCCCCAGCAUGCCGGGUACUCCCGUGUGGCGCAGCCUUACCGCGCGGCCCCUCUGUUAGGCCACAGCCCCGCACUCACCUCAGCGCACGACACCAACUUUCUCAAUGAUGCGGACAUGGUUAUGAGUUUUGUCAAUUUAGUGGAGAAAGAUAAAGAUUUUUCUCACCAACGAAGACACUACAAGGAGUUCCGUUUUGAUCUGACUCAGAUCCCAGACGGAGAGGCGGUGACUGCUGCAGAGUUUCGGAUCUAUAAGGACCGCAGUCAUUCCCGUUACGACAAUAUUACUCUGAAGGUUUCCAUAUAUCAAGUCAUCAAGGAAUAUCAAAACAAAGAUGCAGAGACGUUCUUGCUCGACUCCAAAAAGGUCCAGGCGUCUGAUGGGGGGUGGCUAGUGUUUGACAUCACGGCCACCAGUAACCACUGGGUGAUGAACCCACAGCAGAACUUGGGCCUUCAGCUCUGUGUGGAGACUGUAGAUGGACGCAGUAUCAACAUAAAAUCUGCUGGAAUCAUUGGGAGGAAUGGGCCCCAGUCCAAACAGCCGUUCCUGGUUGCUUUCUUCAAGGCCAGUGGGGUGUUGCUUCGCUCUGUCAGAGCUGCUGGUGGGAAGAAAAAGAACCACAAUCGCAAUAAAUCCACUAAUCAACAAGAAUCUAGGGCUCCACAAACUGGAGAUUACAACACAAGUGAACAGAAGCAAGCUUGCAAGAAGCAUGAACUUUAUGUCAGUUUUCGAGAUUUGGGCUGGCAGGACUGGAUCAUUGCACCUGAGGGCUAUGCUGCUUUUUACUGCGAUGGUGAAUGCUCCUUUCCACUCAACGCACACAUGAAUGCAACAAAUCAUGCAAUUGUGCAAACCCUGGUCCAUUUAAUGUUUCCUGACAAUGUGCCAAAGCCAUGCUGUGCCCCAACCAAGCUCAACGCAAUAUCAGUACUUUACUUUGAUGACAGCUCAAACGUUAUCCUCAAGAAAUAUAGAAAUAUGGUAGUUAGGUCUUGUGGUUGCCAUUAGAGAGGCAUGGGGUAACUUUAAUUUAUGCUAUCUGGUAUGGGAAUCGCUGGAAAACACAUCUGCUACAGGUGUGAUGUGAUGUACAGUAUUAUGUAUAUAAAGUUUUACUACCUAAUUUAUUUUCUUUUUUAAAUUAGCACUGAAUAUUGUGAUAUUUAAAUGAUUAGGACAAAAUGUUGAUUUUACUUUACGCCAGUUAUCAUUUGACUUUUGUGUCCGUUGGCAUAUAAUCUCUCUUAGUUACGUCUGUAUGAUAACUUUUAUGAGUUAACUAUUCACUGGAGUCAUCAUGAUACAUAAGAUCGCUUCCCCUUCUGCCUGUUUUUACAAUACACUUGUGCUAUAAAUGCUCACUGUGCUAUCUAGAAUUAUGCUUUGAUGUCAGUGUAUGAUUUGUUUUUCUUCAUGUAGUUUGUUUCCAUAAUGAAACAAAAAUGAUAAAUGACUAGACAAAUGCAGCAUCACAAGUUUAUCUGAUAAACAAUGGAGACAUCAAGGUGAUGCUUUUAGCACUAACAUCACAACUGAAAAGAGUUUUCUCUAAUCUGAACCGAACUGCCCAAAGCUAUUUUCAAGCUGUCACCGUCUUUCAGCACUAAUACUGUUUCACCUUUUCCACACCAGCUUUUUUUGUUGUUUCUUUUUACAAGAGUGUGUGUCCUCAGAAGGGGAUUAUGUCAGUCUGGAAUGAAACUCUUCCAUAAACACUGUUUUCUCAUUCCUCUGUGGACAUUUAUCAUAGCUGCAAAUGUCUUUGCUCCACGCUAAUUCUAGCUCACGUUUGGGGAAAGUAUAUCUUAAUGUAGAUUGUUGUGUAUUUUAAUAAAUGUACCACUUGAAAAACUCUUA